AAGUGCGCGGUACCGGCUUUUAACUCCCUGAAGUAGUCUGCGAUCGGGUAUAAAAUAGUCUCGCUCCUUGAAUAAAUAAAAUGGCCAGCAGGCAGGAAAUUUGAAAACAAACAAGAGACCACAAGCAUGGAGUACGCCCCAAGUUUGAUUACACAUCGACCCCUGGAGCGAGGACUUAACCCGACGGCAGCUGCAUCAGAUUUACCCGCAAGCGACAGCUUUCAGUUCUCCGAGGGACAUGUAGAUGGAUACUCUGGGCCCUCAUCUGCGUCUUCGCGUGUGUUUGUGUGUUUUUAUAACAUUUGUGGAUUACGCCUAUAAAAACUACACUUCACCGCGAAGCCAGCGAAGUGGGCACCAGCUACAACAAAGGACAACAAUUAUUCUGCAAAAAUGAUACAACCUGUCGCUCGAGAGAUUACAAACGGAGCUGCUUUUAUGGUUUGUUCCGCUUUUGUUUAACGAUUCCGAGGAUCACACGUAAUAACCCACGCAAUCCACCACCGAAGUCGGAAAACCGACUCAACGGAACGCAGCGCAACUUGACUCAACCGAAACUCGACACUUAUCCCUGGGAACUCAAAAUAGUGUUUUAUUGUUGGAAAUUACGAUUCUUUUAUUUAUUUACUUUUUCUGCAUUUCUUUGCCGCCCCACACACACCCACCGUUUCAAUUUUUAUAUGUUUAUUACGGUUAUUAUCGCUUAAUGGGGCUCGCUCGCUGGUUAUUGCUGUUGUUGUGUUGCUUGCACCAGUAGUUGUGUCAGACUAACGUGUGAAGUUGUUUUAUUAUUUGUUUUGAUUAUCAAAAUGGGCGUUUUACAUUUUUCCGGUCGUUGGGCGGCCCACCUGCCACGGGCCCACCGCUUAUAGUCCACAUCCCAUAACCCCGGGGCAAGGGCAGUAAAUCACGGCCCGCUGUGAGUGGCUGAGUACCUGGGCAGCAGUACACUUGAAAAAUAAUAACCCUUCUCUUUUAAAAUAUUGGACGGCUAGACAUAAUAUUCAAUUACAAAUACAUCACAGCAAUAAACCAUUUUUCGGGCUUCUAUAACAAGUUGAAUUAACCUAAAGAACUUUUUAAUUUAUUUAAAAACCAUUUUGAAUUUAUUUAGUUAAAUUUAGUUACUUAAAAUGUUCCAUCAUGUAUAAAUUAGUAAUAUGUCAUAAAAAUAGUUUAAUUCAAUACUAUUUCGUUACAAUAAUACGAAUUUUGCAUCAUCAAAGGUUAUACAAAAUAAAAUUACCAGUUAUAUUUUCAGUGCAUGAGUAAAUCCACUCAUUCGCACUCGCUGUAUGACCCAUAAGCAGAAACCAAAGUGUGGCAAAAUGCUUAAUUUAGAAUUUAUGAGCAAUUAAUUUUAAAGCGCUCUCUGGCCAUUAACGCCGUUACUGCUUCUCCCCCUUGACCGUAAUACACCUUUGGUCAUUAAAGAAUUAAGAAGCCAGUGUGCCAAAAAUUGAUUGUUUAGCCAAUCCGCUGAUGGAUCAAUUAUUCAAUUGUUAUAGCCAAAGAGUUGGCAAUCCAAUUUGAGCACGAGUCGUAUUCCAACAAAUAGACAGGUAGGAAGCACAUUAACUGGUAGAUUUAUGAAUAAGAAAUAAUUUAAAUAAAUUUGUUAUGCUUUAGAAAUUGUUUAUUAAGGUUAAUUUAUGAGUGUUAAAUGGCUAAAAAUUAUUUAAUUGAAGGAUAAGAAAAUGUUGUGAUGUGGUAUGAUUUAAAUAAAAAAUACAAAAAUAAAUAUAGAAAAACUA